CGUUGCACAGCUACAAUUUCUCACCAAUUUCAAGCCGGAAUAAUUAACCGGAACCUGUUUCGACGGUGAAUCCGAGGUAAAAUAACCCAUCGAUUAAUCGAUUUUCUCUCUAGCUUAGGCAGUGUUCGAAGAUGGCUUAUAGAGGAGGAGGCCGAGGAAGAGGACGAGGAAGAGGAGGGUUUGGAGGCAGUGGUGCUGAGUAUGCCAAGGCAGAGCCUUUUGUGAUUUUCCCUGAAAUUAAGUUACCUGAUCCGAAAUCUAUCUCACACGACCCGCAAUUACUUUCGAGCUUCUUUAGUUUUCAGAAGUUUUGGAGAAACUCUCCUUAUCAUUUAGGCGAUGGUGUUUCAAAAAAAGAGAAGGAGAGUUUAGACAUUGAGAGGUAUUCAGACUCUUUGAAGCCAAAGAAGAAGUCUAAUAAGAGUGGAUCUUUUUAUGAUUUCCUUGUUCUUAGACCUGAUAACUUCCCUAAAGAACUUCUUGGAGAUACUCGAAGAGAACGGCCUGUGAAGAGAGCAAAAUGGACUCAAGACGCAGAUUUGCAGAAACUGGAUGUGUUUGAGAAGCUUGAAGCAAAAUAUAAGGCUGAAGGCAAGGAAGACAAUGAAGAAGGAGAAGAUGAUGAUCAAGUUGCGGAAUCAGAGGGAGAAGAGUCUGAUAACGGAGAUUAUGAUCAGAAUCAAGACUUUGAUGAUGAUGAUGACGAUUAUAACCAGGCGGAUGAUGGUGAUUAUGAAGAAGUGUAUUAGGCUUCUUCUUCCCAAAAAGAUCAAGUUUUGCAGACAAGAGAAGCUAGGCAUGUCCCAAGCUUUAUGUUUUAGAGAUAAAAAAAGCUAUAGUUUUAGAGACCAGUCAAAGGCGAAAACUCAAUUAUGUUUUUAGACAAAUCAUGUCUUUGUUGGUUAUUGUGAUAAAAUAUUGAAGAUUUUCUUUUUUUGGUUAAAGUAAUAUUGGGGAUUGUUUUAUUGCUUCCAGUCACUUUUCUGAUUUUAACAAAAUGUUA